AUGCCACUCCCCCCUCGCUCUUCUACGGCACUCGAACAAUCCAGCAGCCGGUUCCACGAUGUGACGAAUGAACCAUUACUAUGGCGCUACUACUGUCAAUCAUAUUACAAGUCCUGGGAUAAACGACAUGACAUCUCCAGCAAACUUGCGAGCCCAGUGUCUUCUGUCGACUGGAAAGCGCUCUUUGUACUACGAUACCGAGUGGACCUCUCAAUAACCCGACUUCUGGAUAGUAUCCUUGCUAGCCAGACAGGGCGCAUCGAGAAGUUUCGAGCCGUUAUUGAUUUUGGGUACGAUGCGAAGGAUACUCUUCUGCGUCAUUGCCGGGUAGAAUCCGGGGAGGAUCACCUCGCAAGAAGUAUUGCAGUGCCAGAAUGGGUGAAACUUAGGCGCGGAGAGGCGGUGUCACUCGAUCGAGUGUUGGGUGCCUUCGACCUCUUUAUCCCGGAGAGCGGGUACGGGGACCUGGAUGAGAUCAAGAUGGCCCUCGAUCGAAUUGUCUCCCGAUUUCUUGCGUCUCAAUCGGAUGUCUCCCUCACUCCACGUGAGAAGGCUCUAGCCAUUGCGUCCUGGCUACACGCAAACGAUCUAACAGGCAUCAAGCCCGGUCGGGAGUAUCAUUCCCUCGGGCAUAAUUUUUUGGGGAACUGGGUUUGGAUGCCCGCCCUUUGUGGAUUUCCAUUGCAUGUCCAUGUCAUUAUCACUCCCCAGUUGGGCUUUGACAUGGAUGGUAAUGCCUUGGGCAAUAAGAACAUGGGCUUGCCCAUGUAUCUGGAUCCAUUCCGGGGGGCCAGGGAGACUCUGGUCGCCGAUCUACGAGACCAGUUGAGAUUUUUAGGUGCAUCGAACGUGGAAAACUCCACAUUUCUGGGCGAAUCGUUGGCCUCAGAGAUUGUCUUGCGCUGCGGCAAAAAUAUCUUGAACUCCAUCCGUUCUGUGUCCCAUCAGUCCAAUACACAUUUCACGUCGGUGGAUAUCGUGAGCGCAAGGUAUGCCGCUCUUUGGUCGUCCAUUUUGCUCUCAGGUGAUUCACGACCGAUCGAGCUUCGCCAUCAGUUGCCAUGGUUAAUGGAAUUAUUUGCUACCGACUUUCCAUCCGAUAUCUUCCUUGUGGAGCAGUACAUUGUUCCCCUUUUCCAUGACCUGUUUGAGUAUGAGCACAUCUUGAAGACCCUCCACGUUAUGCGGGCAGCGGAUAAGAUACCAAAGCAAGUCCGGCGGCGUACUGGGGAGAACAGCAAUAUCCGUUACAGGGUGGGCCAGGUUUUUCGACACCGUCGAUAUCAUUACCACGCUAUUAUCACUGGGUGGGACUCCGAGUGCGGUGCAGGCGAGCAGUGGAUGAGAAGAAUGGGCAUUGAUCGCUUGCAAGCCGGCCGACAUCAGAGUUUCUACCAUGUCCUUGUUGAGGAUCGAAGUGUUCGAUAUGUGGCAGAGGAGAAUAUCCAACUCACCGUACCCCACCUUGCAGAGCUACCACACAACCUGACUGCCAUCGCUGGUAAGCAUUUUAAGCGAUGGGAUCAGGAGGUUCGGGCAUUUGUGAGUAAUGUGAGGGAUGAAUACCCAGAUGAUUAG